GCCUCGUCGGGUUGGAGAGCGCCGUCGAAGAUCUCUUCACAGACUUGCCGAGGGCAACGACCUCCGUGAUCGAUGGCCUGGCGAAUGCAGCUAAGGUCUUGCUGGCAGCAUCUCAGAAUCCAGACUCGCCCGUGCAUGGAAAGCCAGAAGCGUUCUCGCGCCAGCAGCUUCAGCCACCGGCCGGUGAGACUGCAAUCGUCAGGCUGACGGUCUCCAGACUGCAGUGCCUGGAAAUCCUGGCUGCUGGAUUCUUCGGCUUCCUGCAGCGAGACUGGUACAGCAGGCAGCCGGACACCACAGACCUGCCGGGCUUCAGCUUCGAGAAGCUGUGGUUGUACGACUGCAGGAAAUGGCGUGGGAAAAACUUCGUGCUGAUGGCCGUCCUGCUCUAUUUCGCUCAGAUGUCUCAGCAGAGCACAGACUUCAUGGACGAAGCGCUGAUCUUCAAGAGAAAGGCUUGCGGAGCCCACCGAGUUGGUGACGAAGUUUUCUGUCCAGUGGAGAUGCAGGAGGACGGCGUGUCCAUCCACGGAUUCGACGGCCCGAACGAUUUGCAAGCAGACUUUGCGAAUCAAUACCUCGGCGGCGGAGUUCUGAGUGGAGGUGGGACACAGGAGGAGUGUAUGUUCGUGGAGUUUCCAGAGUUGCUUGCAAGCAUCUAUCUCGUUGAGAGGAUGUUGCCACAUGAAGCCGUGGAAAUGGUCGGUGCGAGGAAGUUCGUUGAGCACAACAUGGGCGCAGCAAGGCAUACGAAGAGAGAGGAGCAAUUCUGCAGAGCUGCGGCCACGAUCGGACCGCCGAUUGAGGCAGUAGCUCUGGACGCGCUCAGUUAUCGGAGAAAGCCAGGAUACUUCCAGUAUGCUGGCGAGCAAAUACAUCGAGAACUCCAGAAGUGCUGCUCGGCGCUGGCGCCAGAUGCUUGCACGGGACGAAGGAAGUUCGUGACGGGGCUCUGGGGCUGCGGAGCCUUCGGAGGCGAUUCGGAGCUCAAGUUCGUGGUCCAGUGGAUGAGCUGCUCACUGACGCCAUCGGUCGAAAGCAUGGUCUUCUGCCCAUUCGAUCAACAAAGACAUCUCACCGGGGCUGGCUUGCCAGAACUGCUGACCACGCUGACGGGGAAGGUGCAAGUGAAGACUGUCCUUGAAUGUCUCGUUGAUGAUGCAGACUAUUCUUCAUCAAGAAAUACAUUCCGUUACUUGCUGGAGAAGCUCAAGCAACGGAAUGGUUCGCCUUGA